AUGUCACUACAACACUCGCCACCUCAAUCCCGACGUCAGAGUAUCGAGUCGCAGAAUUCGACCACUAGCACGAAUGCUACUACAAGCGACGCAACACACAGCCGCCCGGCUACAGCUGAUGUUAAUACAAAUGUCACUCAGCGGAAUAAUAGUCGAAACAAGCGCCAGCGUCGUGGGAGCUUAGACAAAACGCCCGACUGUGACGAGCAUAAUUCAUCAAUUAUGGAUUUGAUCUCCGCCCAAAAUGAUAAGCUAGAAACAAUAAUGCGCACUAUGAAAGAAAUGCAAGGCCAAAUGAACGAAGUCAAAAGUUCAGCCGACUUUAUGUCAGCCAAAUACGAGGAGCUUCUAAGUAAAUGCGAAUUUUUGGAAGAGGAGCGCAGAGCGGACAAGAAGUACAUCCAACAAUUAGAAAAUAAGCUUGAAAACGUCGAUCGAGUUGGCAGAUUGGCGUGUAUAGAAAUUAAAAAUGUCCCCGCUAAAAAUACCGAAACGAAAGAUGAACUGUGCAGCACCGUGCAAAAUAUUUGCAGUGCUGUCAACAUACGGAUUCAAAAGGAAGACAUCAAAAAUGUGUACAGAUACGGAAUAAAAAAACAGAUCAAUCUGGAGUUAACAAGCGUUUUAAAAAAGGAAGAAAUUAUAACUGCGAUAAAAAAAUUUAAUAGAACAGACAACACUAAGAAACUGAACACAUCACACAUAAAUCUAGAGGGUCCACCGCAGCCCAUAUACGUGACUGAACAACUAACUUUCAGGAACAAAAAGUUGUACGCAACAGCUAGAGACUUAGCUAAAACUCAUAAGUACAGAUAUUGCUGGACAUCGCAGGGAACUGUUUUCCUGCGCAAGAUGGAGGGUUCGCCGGCAAUACGUAUAAACGAGGACAGUGACUUCGAUCGUAUGGAGAUAUGA